AUGAUGUCCCGUUUCCUGGUUCCGAUCCGCUCCUCCUGUAAGUGUCAGAACUUUGACUCUUGAAACCGUCUGUUUGUGUUCGUCAUGAUUCUUUUCUCUCUGAGCAAUUUCUUCGAUUUUCUCUAAACUGAUAAAAAGUUUUUAAAAAAGUUUAGGAUAAAAAUGAUUGAAGCGAACCCAAACAGACGAUUGUCAGCGCUGAUCUCAGUCCUGCUUUAACUCAGGAUUUAGAUCUUCACUUUUGAGGUCUCGGCUUCUGCGUCGUCUUCAGUCAGACUUUUUUUUUGGCCUUUUACUCUUUUAUAGCGAGUUAAACUUUUGGACGGUCUUUGAGAACUUUUUACAGACCUGCUGAUUCUCCAGAGUUUGGGUCAGAGUUUCUGAGGCGAUGAUAGAUUUAUAAAAGAGACCUGUGUGUGUGUGUGUGUGUGUGUGUGUGUGUGUGUGUGUGUGUGUGUGUGUGUGUGUGUGUGUGUGUGUGUGUGUUCAGUCUGGAGGAUGUAGAGUCUAUAUUUCACAGAUCUAUAGACUGUUCAGUCUAUAUUUCACAGAUCUAUGAGAGCGGUUGGUUCUGGUUCUUCUCUCUUUCUUCUUAUAUUUUAAUUUCUGUGAGAUUCUGGAUCAGAACUGACUCACCUGGACCUGAACCUGAACCUGAACCUGAACCUGAACCCCCUCUUCUUCUUCUCUCUGCAGCUGUCAUCAUGUCAUCGGUUCUGCAGAAGCUCAUCAGCCCUCUGGCCGGCGCCCCCGCUGAGCCCCCCAGGAACAAGGUGACCGUGGUCGGGGUCGGCCAGGUGGGCAUGGCCUGCGCCGUCAGCAUCCUGUUGAGGGUAAGACACGCCCACAUGACGGUCUCAUUAUCAGAAACAGGGUCAGCGUUGAAAGUGGGUCAUGAUUCGGAGUAUUUGACGAGCUCAGACUGGUCGUCAUGGUUACUUCUGCCUCAAAGAUCUAGCGUGUGAGGACCGGUACUUUGUCCCCGGACAGUCUGAGGUGAGUCACAUGAUCUAAGCUCCUCCUCCUCCUGUUCCUCAGGAUCUGUGCGAUGAGCUGGCUCUGGUAGACGUGAUGGAGGACCGUCUGAAGGGCGAGAUGAUGGACCUGCAGCACGGCAGCCUCUUCCUCAAGACCUCCAAGAUCGUGGCUGACAAAGGUCAGGACCCGGGUCUAAGUUCUUCUUCUACACCUGAAUUAAACCGCCGCUAAAUCUCCUCUCUUCCUCCCGCAGACUACGCCGUGACGGCGAACUCUCGCCUGGUCGUGGUGACGGCCGGCGUCCGCCAGCAGGAGGGCGAGAGCCGCCUGAACCUGGUGCAGAGGAACGUCAACGUCUUCAAGUCCAUCAUCCCUCAGAUCAUCAAGUACAGUCCCAACUGCACCCUGAUCGUGGUCUCCAACCCCGGUCAGUUCCCCGCCGCGCACGCCUCACUGUCUCUGAGUUUGAAUGGAGCAGAAAUAACCUCCUGACCUUUGACCCCUCCCCCACAGUGGACGUGCUGACCUACGUGACCUGGAAACUCAGCGGUCUGCCCAAACACCGCGUCAUCGGCAGCGGCACCAACCUGGACUCCGCCCGCUUCCGCUACAUGAUGGCCGAACGCCUGGGCAUCCACGCCAGCUCCUUCAACGGCUGGGUGCUGGGCGAGCACGGCGACACCAGCGGUGGGUUCUCACACGGCGGUCUGAUGACCUCAUUGAUCCGUCUCAGGAGUUCUUGUGGUUCUUAAAGGUCCAUGUUUGUGAUCGCCUUUCAGUGCCGGUGUGGAGCGGCGCCAACGUGGCCGGGGUCAACCUGCAGAAGCUGAACCCGGAGAUCGGUACUGACGCCGACAAGGAGCAGUGGAAGGCCACGCACAAGGCGGUGGUGGACAGGUACGAGUGGGCGUGGUUAAAGAGACCCUGUGUGUAGCGUCCCCGGUUGAUUGAUGGUCUGACUCUGAUUUUUCACCAAGUUUAAUUUUAAAAUAAUAAAACAAUAAGAACAAAAUUAAAACACUUUCUGUAAUAAAAAUAUUUUUACUCCUUUAAAUUAUAUUUUCAUGAACCUCCAAGAAAAACAAAAUCAACUUUCUUGUUUUUAGCAAAAUGAAAAUCUUAAAUCCGAGCGCUUUAACUUUAACACAUGAAUUCAUCCGUUCAUAAACCAAAUAUCAUCUCAUACAUUUUCAGACAUCAUUUCAAUACAGAGAGCUUUAUGAUGAAUAAAUACAUGUUGAUUUAAAAUAUACAUCGGGCGACAUGCUGCGAACUAAAUGAAUACCGUCUGUGUUAAUCGUAACCAUCAUCGUAAUUGUAGCUAAUCUUUGCUAAUAGUCGGCAACACGAAGCUCGACCAAACUUCGUAAAAACGUUAAAAAGGAACUUCAUAUUAAUUUGUGUGAUAAAAGACACACAUACGAACGUUGUGCCUCUAUUAACCAGGUACUUUAAACAACGUAAAGAGAUCGUGAUCCUGAGUUUACGUAUCGUUUUACUGAUCGUUAACUACGAACUUCUGGUGAAAUUUUCUUUCAAAAUAAGAGCACCGGUCUCAUCUGUCUCUGUUUUAUUACUUAUGGGAAGUAAGAUAAUAGCUAAGAGGUGUUGCGACUAAACACAACUCACCUACUCUCUUCCAGCAGACGCUUGUUUGUAGAGAGACCUCAGGCCAGUCCAUUACAGACUACAGCGGGGUGCCGCAGCUCAAGGAAGAACAUUUAUGAUCAUUUCUUCAUGGAAAUACAAUCAGACCGAGACGCUAAGACAGAAGAACUACCACGUCUGUAAAAUGAUUAAUAUGGUGAUUAUUACUUCAAGGAAAUGAUAAAGAAAUGAUCAUAAAUGUUCUUCCUUGAGCUGCGGCACCCCGCUGUAGUCUGGACUCACAGACAGACAGUUUGGAGGAUCUAAGUUUGGAGGUUAGACUGGGAUGAAGAGGAGGAUGAAGCUGCAGGACUUCAGAUGAUUCCAACAUCAAUCCGAGUUUCUCUCAGUUCACUCAGAAACGUCUCCUCAGCUGUUCAGAGUCUUUCUCCUCUUUCAGGACCAGGAUCAGAGUUUUUCUCACCUCAGUCUUCAGGUCUUCAGACUCCUGCAGAAACUCUAAACUCUGGUUCUGGUUCUGGUUCUGGUUCUGGUCGUUGUUAAAGCGUCAAACAGCUGAGCCCCUCCCCCUCAGUAACGAUUAUCUAACCUCGCUUACAUGAGGGUCAUGUGUUCGUUGUUCUGGUCAUGUGACGUCUCUCAGACCCAGAUCUCAGUCCUCUGUAGUUUUAUGAGCUGCAGCCCCGCCCCCUUUAAAGACCUCGUUAAAUUAGCUCCUCGCUGCUGCGGUGUUUGUUAAACUUCAUCGUCGGUGUCAGUCUGAGGUCGGCUGUGAUUACAGUUUCGCUCUCUGUGGGAAUGUCUCCUCUGACCCCCCCCUCGGUAAAACCUCCUCCUACUGUCAAAGCGUGGUGGCGGCGGCGGCGGUGGUGGAGGGGGGGGUGUUUUCCUGGAAAAGGCCGCAGGAGGAAGCCCACAGGCAGCCCCUCCCCCCGUUAGCCUGUCCUAACAGCUCAGACCUUCAUACUUCACAUACUGCUGAGAAAACCUGCUGACUCUGCGAAACCACCAACGGGACUCCUCAAAAACUGUACGCCCCCCCUCCACCCCUCCAUCAGGUCCUUCAGUCCUUUUUCAUGAUCCACUUUGAGCUGGAUCAGAUUUUGACUUUCUAACCCUCAAAGAGGAACUCACUGAGAAGAGGGGGGGGGGUCAGUUUUUCAGGACGUCACCAAAAACUCAGUUCCUCUUUUACCCAGGAAGAAGGUCUCUCUCUCUCUCUCUCUCUCUCUGUCUCUCUCUCUCUCUCUCUCUCUCUCUCUCUCUGUCUCUCUCUGCUUCUGCUUUCUCUCUCUGAAAGUCCGACUGUGACCACAGAGCAGUUCAGGAAAACUUGUGGACCCUUUUACGUUCCUAACAGAAGACGAUGUUUAGAAAGAGUCAAAAUACUCAGAGUUAGGUAGAAGUUCCCAGAGGAGGUCCAGAGGUCUGGUUUCUCUCAGAUGUGGAUUUAAAGGUUUAAAUGGAUUUAUUACAUCCGCUGUGUCUCCCUCCACUAAAGAAAACAUCUGAUUUAUUUUAUUUUUCUAUAAUAAAUUGUUAAAAUAAUUAUUUAAGGUUAAAUAAAAAAAGUGAUUUUUAUGAAACUUGAAACUUUCAUCAGAGGUUUUGGUCUGACUGACACUUUUAUAAACGAACCUCAGGAGACGAACUUGGACUGAAGUCCUUAAGUCCUUCAUCCUUUGUCACGACUCAAUUUUAUAAAAUUCAAACCAAGAACAUUUAUGUAUUAUAAAACAAACCUUUAAAGACUCAAAUCUUUGACACAAAUUCACUGUUUUUAUUGAGUAAACUUUUAGGACGACGACUGCUGAAGGUGCAUAUACAGAAAAUAUCAAACUGCACAAAAUGGAGACCAAAAAAAGUUAAUAAUUAUUUUCCCACAUUCAGGCCUCAUUAAUAAGAAACUGAGGAGGACCACGACAUAAUGUGUGCCUUUCAAAAUAAGCAAAAUUUCAAAAUAAAAGACCUGUCAAACAUCAGAUGCGCAUCAAAUAUUUACUUUUUUGACCAGAACGUGUCUGUGACCCACUUUUGGGUCGGGACCCACCAGUUGAGAACCACUAAUUUAGACAUACUGGAUUUUAGAACUAGCUGUUUUGGGGAUGUGGUUUCAUAUGGUUUCAUGACCUCCAGGUGGGGCUGAAGGAACAAACUGUACAUUUGUGUGUGUGUGUGUGUGUGUGUGUGGAUGUUAACGGUCUCGUCUCCUCGUGUGUUUCAGCGCGUACGAGGUCAUCAAACUGAAGGGUUACACCAACUGGGCCAUCGGUCUGAGCGUGGCCGACCUGACCGAGAGCAUCGUCAAGAACAUGAGCCGAGUCCACCCCGUGUCCACCAUGGUCAAGGUCUGUACACACACACACACACACCCCUACACACACACACACACACACACACACACAGCUCCCUAUGUUCACUCCUGGUGUUUAACCUCGCCUGUGUGUCUCUCUCUCUCUCUCUCUCUCUCUCUCUCUCUCUCUCUCUCUCUCUCUCUCUCUCUCUCUCUCUCUCUCUCUCUCUCUCUCUCUCUCUCUCUCUCUCUCUCUCUCUCUCUCUCUCUCCUCAGAGCAUGUACGGCAUCAACGAGGAGGUCUUCCUGUCUCUGCCCUGCGUCCUGAACAGCACCGGCGUGAGCAGCGUGGUCAACAUGACGCUGACGGACGCCGAGGUGGGCCAGCUGAAGAAGAGCGCUGACACACUGUGGGGGAUCCAGAAGGACCUGAAGGACAUCUGA